GGAGCGUUUUUCACAUGUCAAGAGUGGACGACACCUGGGUUCUUUUUUACUCUAUCCCCACAUAUCGCUAUGGCGAGUGAAUGUUUAAUUUCUAUUGUCUAUUGGAUUACAUACUCCUAUUGCAUUUGGCAUGCGGCUGCUUGCGCGACGGCGGAUAUCCUUCAAUCUCGCGUAUACCGUUGAGCAGGCAUGACGGCAAAUCACGUCCUCAGGCUAUAGCUCGUAAUGAUUUCUUCUGGAGGAGUAUCGACAAACGUCUCGUCGACUUGCUGGCUUGGAAUGAAAGAAUGCUUCACGGAUUUGUUCGAACUUUGUCAUUUGCUACAAGUGAUCAUGCUCAUGGAGCUUCGCCUUCACCUGAUGGACACACGUAAGCCUGGAUGGCUUCACAGAGCGAAACAGAAC